GCUGAAGAACAAAAAAGCCAAAGUAGGGCAUACAAAUACUAUUACUGCUUAUAAGAACUGCUCUCUUUCCUUACCUCCUUGUACCUUCUUGCACGACACCACAUUCAUUCAGCUGGUAGCAAACAGCAAAGGAUGAAAUUGAAUGUAUUUUACAUUCUGUCAUUCUCAGCACACAUCUUCAUUCUUCUGUUAUAAUAUUUGAAUUUGGUUUUUCACCUUGCCUCUUUCUUAAUUGUGUAGGUAAGAGAGCUAUUUUAAAGAUUAAUAGGCAUCUAUACCUACACACAUCACAUUAGCACUCCUGUCCCUCCUAUACCCCUAGUGCCCUGCCAGGUUCCCUUCGACACUCCCAGCCUAAUUUCCAAGAUCCUUUCUCUCUAUAGACCAAGUUACUUGGAAGGUCAAGGUAACUACAGACAAGUCACUCUUCUGGAUAGCCAUUGUCUCUGCUUUCUCAUCUUCCUGCCUGGACGAGUGACCACCACCUAUUGAAAAUGUCAGCACUUGGCUCUCUACCUUUUUCUCUAGCUCUAUGCCUGUUCCUCAUGUGAUAGGACAAGUUCAUGGGAAUGAGUUUCUGGCAGAGGCAGACAAAGCAGAGACUAACAAGGCACUUGUGCUCAACAUUAAGGAGGCAUAUGGUCUAGGAGUCGUCUAAGUGCAGGAUCAGCCCUGGCAAGAUUGUGAGAGUGAGACCCUCCUUAAAGUUUACAGCUCAGGCUCUGCAUUUGCCUCAGCCUGGUCCUAGCCCUGUGCAGCCUCCUGGUGUUCAUUCUUAGAGUCCUGUCAUCUUUUCUUUCACCCAACUCAGCCACUGUAUUUUAUAACACAAGUUCCUGUAUUGACAGCACUGAUUACCACCUGAUACAAUAUAUAUUUAGUUAUUCAUUUAUUUUCAAUCUGUCUGGCCAGACCAUAGCACUUUCAUGGCAGAGGUAUAGGUGUGCUCACUGCUGUGUUCAGAGUGUGUAGAACAGUGCCUGGCAGGUGGUUUGGUUGAAAGAAUGAAUGAAGAAAUCACUGAACUUAAAUUGUGACUUCAAGCCCCUGGUUAUCUGGCUGUUGCCUCCUAUGAUUUUUAUUCCUUUUAGGGUGCUCCCAUUGUAACAAACUCCUGGCUUAUGACACAGGAAAAUGAGUUUACUGGGGAUCUUCUCAGGAAAGUCUCUUCACUCUUUAAAGAGACCUUGGGUAGUAAAAUCACUCAUGUAAUUUUGUUUCUUUUAUAUUUGCUUGCUUUUGUGGAUAGUUGUUGAAUUAGGUGUCAUCUAGAAAGAGAAUCCUUGGCAGAUUCUAUUUGGCUUUAUUGCUCCACCCUAUCUUUUCUCCUAUUUUUAAACAUGGGUUUAGAUGGCAAGGAAAUGUUAUGCUUUACAAAAGUAAAUAUUUGGCACUGUCUGUAUACUAAAUAUGGGAUUUAUAUUUUUUUAUGAAUUCUUUCCUAUAAUAUUAGCAACAUGUUUAUGAGUUAGGUGCUCUUUAAUAAAUAGGAAAUGUAGAAGCUUAGGGAAGUAAACUAAUUUUUCCAAAGGCAAAUAUUUAGGAAGUGAUAGCAGCACAAUAGAAAACCUACUCUUUCUGACACUAAUGCUGAAAGAUCUGUAUUAUUCUUCUAGUAGAUUUUAUUUAUUUAUUUAUUUGGACAGAGUCUCACUCUCUUGCCCUGGAUACUGUCACUGUUACAUUGCCAUAGAGAAAUUCUCUGACCUGUCUUGCCUGAUUGUAGGUCAUAAGACCCUCAGCUCUGAAGAGGUCCUGCCUACAUCAGGUAGGAAGGAAUGUUACACAGAAAGAAAAAGAAGAAUCUGUGCAGACCUUGUUGAGUUUCCCCAAUCAGUCUUUUACCAUUAAAUUAUUCCCAUUUUGCCCAACCAUAUUUAUACACAGUGUAUACUCUGAUAAUCUUAAGCAAAACAAUGUAUAAUCUCACCUCUACUUUGGUUCUUCAUCCUUAAAGAUCUCAUGUGGGCAUGUUAAAUAAAUUGUUAUGUCUUUUCUCCAGUUAAUCUACAUUUUGAGAGUAGAUUUUCUUAGCAAAACUUUCAAGGUCCAAAGAGAACUUUCUGCAUGUGUGAUAUGGGUAGAUGAUAUGAAAGUCAAAAUUAUGUGUAUUUAUAGAGGGGGUGGGCUCAUAUUUAAAAGUAGCCAUAAGAAGGAAGGAAGAAAAAUCUCCACUCAUGAGAAUGAAAAUAUCCAUCACUUGAGAGAGUGAUAAGUGUAGCAUUAAUUUCAGAGGGAAGAGACAGAUCUGUUACAGCAAAUUGGUAAAGGACCAGUUUUCGGAAGAGGUUGAGGUUAAGCAGUAUUUGGUUGAUAAGUGACCAUGAAUUUUAAGGGAUUUAGGAGGUGGGAAAGGGUAGAAUAUAAAUUCAGGCUAACCAGAGGGUGAAGUUCAAAUUGAUAAUUAAUUUGUCAUGAUUUCUAAGGGCACAGAUAUUGCAUUUCAGGAAUUUGGAGUGAUAGAAUAUAUGCUCAGCAAAAGUCAUGUCCAGACCUUGGUGGGGGAAGACAAGGGUAGGGUUGAAAUCAAAGGUCGCUUGUGAUGAACAUUGUGCCUGGGAGCAAGAGUAUAAGAGGAUUAGUCUUAAAGACUUUAAAGUAAAGAAGACUGGGGCUGCAGUGAGAGUUGAAGAGAGGCAGUGUGAAAGACUGACCAGGACUACACAGGUACUGCAUUAUGGAAGAUUUGGAAAGAGAUUUAUUGAUAUAUAAAGGAUUUUAUUUUCAGCGUAAAGCAUCUAUUACUGGCUUUUUAGAGAAUAUAGAUGAUUUUGAAAUUCGAGAUGACGAUGUCUUCAUAGUCACAUACCCCAAAUCUGGAACUGCCUGGUGUCAGCAGAUAUUAAGCUUGAUUUAUUUUGAGGAACAUCGCAAAAGAACGGAAAAUCUGGAGACAUUUAAUCGUAUCCCCUUUUUUGAAAACUGCUUUGAAGAUAUAGAUUUUGGCAGUAGACCAUCUCCUCGUCUCUUUGCUACCCACCUCCCAUACUACUUGGUUCCAAGAGGGCUGAAGAACAAAAAAGCCAAAAUUAUAUAUAUAUACAGAAACCCUAAGGAUGUUAUGUGCUCAUAUUUUCAUUUUUUAAACACAUAUCCCAUAUUUAAAGCUGCGGACACCAUUGACGCAUUUAUGAAACAAUUUUUGGAAGGGAAAGUGUUAGGAAACCUUUGGUUUGACCAUAUCAAAGGUUGGUAUGAGCACAGAAACAACUUCAAUAUUCAGUUCAUGAUGUACGAGGAAAUGAAGAAGGAUCUCAGAAGUUCUGUGUUAAAACUCUCCAAAUUUCUGGGUGAAGACCUGAGUGAGGAGACCUUGAAUGCUGUGGUGAGACAGGCCACAUUUGAGAGCAUGAAGGAUGACCCACUAGCAAAUUAUGAAAAUGCACUCUACUUGUAUUUUGGGUCAAAACUAAGAGAAGGUCAUUUCCUUCGCAAAGGUACCAUUGGAGACUGGAAAAGUCACAUGACCGUCGAGCAGAAUGAAAGAUUUGACAAGAUUUUCCGAAAGCAGAUGAAAGACUUUCCAUUGCAGUUCAUCUGGGAUGUAAAUGAAACACAGAAUUAAGCUCAGCACACAGAAACCUCAGAAAACACCUUCAGCAGGAAAUACAUUAAGUCUUACAUUUCAAUCUUUGACUCUCUGAACUAUGUUGAAAAAUCUCACUAAUUAAUGAAUAUUAAUAGCUUUAUAUUUCUGCCAUUAGGAGAGGUUCUUAUGUCCAGGGAUUCAUCCACUUCUGAUCCACUGAAGAUUCUUCAUAUCGUUUUGGCAUAUAAUCAUGGAGAACUGUACUCUUUACUUUUACGUUUACUUACAAACUGAUUAUGAUGUUCCAGACAUAUUCAGAAUUUUAAUUUUUGUGUGAUAAUAUGAGUUAAACUGUCAUUUCAUGGAUUGUAUGGUUUAUGUUUUACUUUGGAGGACUGUUAUCUUAAACAUAUUCAGGUAUUCAAGGGUAAUAUCUUUUAUUUGGCUAUUUUUCUCAUGCUUUAAGAAAACUAUUCAAUAUUUUCUUCUUAUAGAUAACAAGUUGAUACAUGAA